GAAGUCAGAUCUGGAUAGGCAAGAGCCAAGAGAACAGCUACAAUGACUUCAAGAGUUCUGGUGGACAUCCGAGAGGAGGUCACCUGUCCCAUCUGCCUGGAGCUCCUGACAGAACCUUUGAGCAUAGAUUGUGGCCACAGCUUCUGCCAAGCCUGCAUCACAGAGAACACUAAGAAAUCAGUGACCAGCCAAGAAGAGAGCAGCUGUCCUGUGUGCCAGACCAGCUACCAGUCCCAGAACCUGCGCCCUAAUCGGCACCUGGCCAACAUAGCAGAGAGGCUCAAAGAAGUAAUAUUGGGACCAGGAAAGCAGCCACAGGUCAUUCUUUGUGCACGCCAUGGAGAGAAACUCCAGCUCUUCUGUAAGGAGGAUGGAACGCUAAUUUGCUGGCUUUGCGAGCGUUCUCAGGAGCACCGUGGGCACCACACAUUCCUCAUGGAGGAGGUAGCCCAGGAGUACCAGCACAUGUUCCAAGAGUCCCUGAAGAAGUUGAGGAAAGAAGAGGAGGAAGCUGAGAGACUAAAAGGUGUUAUCAAAGAAAAGAGAGCAUCGUGGAAGAAUCAGAUGGAGCCUGAGAGACACAGGAUCCAGAAAGAGUUUAAUCAGCUGCGAAACAUCCUGGACAGAGAGGAGCAGCGGGAACUGAGGAAGCUGGAGGAAGAAGAGAGAAAGGGGCUGAGUGUUAUAGAGAAAGCUGAGGGUGAGGUGACCCGCCAGAGCCAGGCCCUGAGGGAGCUCAUCUCAGAUCUGGAGUACCGGUGCCAGGGCUCCACAGUGGAUCUGCUGCAGGAUGUGAAUGAUCUCGCACAAAGGAGUGAGUUCUGGACCCUGAGGAAGCCCCAAGAGCUCCCCACCAAGCUGAAAAGUGCAUUUCGAGCCCCAGAUCUGAAAAAGAUAUUGCAAGUGUUUCAAGCGCUCACAGAUGUCCAAAGCUACUGGGUGGAUGUGACCAUGGAUCCGCACUCUGCAAAUUUAAAUCUUGUGCUGUCCAAAAACCGGAGACAGGUGAGAUUUGUGGGUGCUAAGCUGUCUGGGCCGUCCUCUCUGGAAGAAUAUUAUGACUGUAGCAUCCUGGGCUCGCAGCACUUCUCCUCAGGAAGAUACUACUGGGAGGUGGAUGUGACUAAGAAGACUGCCUGGAUCCUGGGGGUGUGCAGCAGUUCCUCUGGACCCCCACUUUCUUUCAGCCAGCAUCCUAGCAGUCAGAACACUUACUCCAGAUACCAGCCGCAGACCGGAUACUGGGUCAUUGGGUUACAGCACAAACGUGAAUAUAGAGCCUACGAGGACUCUUCAACCUCCCUGCUCCUCUCCAUGACUGUGCUGCCUCGCCGCAUUGGGGUUUACUUAGACUACGAGGCUGGCACCGUCUCCUUUUAUAAUGUCACCAACCAUGGCUUGCCCAUCUACACUUUCUCUAAGUAUUACUUUCCUACAGCCCUUUGUCCGUAUUUCAAUCCUUGCGACUGUGUAGUCCCGAUGACCCUGAGGCGCCCAGGGAAGCUGCAGUUAGCAGAUGAUGCUUUACAGGGUGAUUUCAGUAAGAAAAGGGAAAGGACAGCCAGUGCUGCGGAUAGCAAUGGGAAUCUCUUCGCCCAGCCACCUCUGUCGUUGCUGAAAGGACUCGUGAACAAACAAAAAAACAAUAGUACAGCAAAAAUACUGAAAGAGGAUAGAGGAUAUCCAGAGGUGUCCAAAGGGUCCAGAACAGGAGGAAGCUCAGGAGUCAGGACAGACAGGAGCAGGGAAACAGCUUCUAUGGCUUCCUCAGUCCUGGUCAAUGUGAAGGAGGAGGUGACCUGCCCCAUCUGCCUGGAGCUCAUGGUGGAACCUGUGAGCACCGACUGUGGCCACAGUUUCUGCAAACUGUGCAUCACUGCAAACUGUGAGUCCACGGUACAAGAGCAAGGAGUGAGCACCUGCCCUGUGUGCCGAGUCACUUUCCAGUUUGAAAGCCUGAGGCCCAAUCGCCAGGUGGCCAGCAUAGUGGAGAUGCUCAGCGGGUUGACACUGUUCCCGGAGGCAGAUCACUGUGAACGCCAUGGCGAGAAACUCCUGCUGUUCUGUAAGGACGAUGGGAAGGUCAUUUGCUGGCUUUGUGAACGUUCUCAGGAGCACCGUGGUCACGACAUUUCUCUCGUGGAGGAGGCUGCACAAGAGUAUGAGGAGAAGCUCCACAAAGUGCUGAAGAAGCUGAUGAAGGAUGAGAAAGAGUUGGAGAAGUUGAAAGCUGACAUCGAAGAAGAAAGAACUUCCUGGAAGAAUCAAAUACAGUGGGAGAUAGAAAAUGUCCAGACGGUGUUUAAACAACUGAGAGUCACCCUGGACGCUGAGGAGAACAGGCACCUGGAGAAACUGACUAAAGAGGAGGAACGGAUUCUGAAUAGCCUGGCAGAGUCUGACAAGGAGCUGACCCAGCAGACCCAGCUGGUGAGAGAGCUCAUCUCAGACGUGGAGCGUCGGCUGGAGGGGGCAGUGAUGGAGAAGCUGCAGGAGGUGAAGGACCCCAUGGAAAGGAGUAAGUCGUUGACUCCGAAGAAACCAAAAACUUUUCCCAGGACAAAAAGGAUGGUGCUCCAAGCUCCCGAUCUGAAAGGGAUGCUACAGAUGCAUGAAGAGCUGAUGGAGGUCCGACGCCACUGGGUUUCCGUGACAUUGGCUCCAAGCAACAAUCGAUUCAUUGGCAAUUGUGCAUUGUGGAGAAAUGGUAGACUUAUACAAGCAAAUGAUCUUUUCCAGACAUGGAAUUCUCACAGUGGCUUCCUGGGCACCCCAGCUAUCACAUCAGGGAAGCAUUACUGGGAGGUGGAUGUGACUAAGUCUUGUGACUGGUUCCUGGGAGUAAGUGAGGGAAGGUACCUCAACACCACAUUCAAGGACAGUGUUUCAUGUUAUCAACCUAAUUCGGGCUACUGGGUCAUAGGGCAGCAGAAUAACGAUAACUAUAAAGCUUUUGAUGAGAGUUACACCUCUGAUCCCUUGACCUUGGCCCUUUCCCUGACUGUGCCUCCAAAACGUGUUGGAGUUUUUCUAGACUAUGGGGCUCGUACCGUCUCAUUCUACAAUGUGACAAACCAUGGCUUUCUCAUCUAUAAAUUCUCCAACUGUUCCUUUUCUGGUAAUGUUUUUCCAUUUUUCAGUCCUAGGAUGUCUGUAGUACCUGUGCCAUACUGUGAGCCAAGCGUUUGAACUUUCUUCUACCCUCUCUCUCUUCUGUGCCCCGCCUCUAGCUGAGGUGUGCAUGUCCUGCCCCCAAGGAGGCCUGCUCCGUUUUCACCGCUUUGCCUGCUGUCUCCUGCUCUUCCUUUUGGGGCCUUCACUCACAGUAGGGUGUACAAAUGCUCUGGUGCCAUGUUCUUCCCGAUAGCUCAUUUGCUCAGGAGAGAAUCUUCAUGCAGCCUUUCUGAUACUCUGAAGGGAUUGACUGAUUCCUCAUUAAGAAAAACCACUGUUGAGGUUAACCACGGUGCCAGAUCUUUAUAGCCCCUUUGUGUGGCACUGAUAAACGAUCAAGGGAGGGAGGGGCAUUUAGCUCAGGUUCUGCCUCCUGCCUCACAAGCACAAGGACCCGAGUUGGAUCCCUGGUACCUCCCCCAAAAUAAUAAGGGAAGUCUUCAACCAAUUUUCUGUGUAUUGGAGACUAUAUAUAUUAUGGAGAUUUCUAUGUAUUGUGCGUAGGAGUUUCUCAGGAAAGAAUGAGCCCUUAGCAGUGCAGUAUGUCACUCUGACCAGGAUGCUUCUUACUCAUCCAAGGAUGAGGAAGAUAGUAUCAUCAUGGAAUGCAGGGAGAUUAGAUCUUUUGCAAAUGGGAUGGGACUAAGAGGUGGAGGCAGGGGGACGAGAGAAGAGAGGAAAU